AUGGUUGGAAAACGCGAUAAGAAGGUUAAGAUAUACAAGAAAAGGAAGAAGAUUCCUGAAGAUAAGAGAAUUAAAGAGCUUCAGGAACAGUAUGAGGGCAUUGAUGAAUCACAGUUAAAUAAGUUUACUGAUUUACCAUUGUCAGUGAAAACUCAGAAAGGUUUGAAAGACAGCGAAUAUGUUACAUUGACGGAUAUACAGAAGCAGAGUAUUGGCCUGGCGUUACGUGGCAAUGAUAUACUAGGCGCUGCCAAAACAGGCAGUGGGAAGACAUUGGCAUUUCUGAUCCCGGUGAUAGAAACCCUGUACUGUAAGCAAUGGACGAGCUUAGAUGGAUUAGGAGCGCUCGUCAUUACUCCGACUCGGGAACUUGCAUAUCAGAUUUAUGAAACUCUUCGUAAAGUUGGUCGUUAUCACGACAUGUCUGCUGGGUUAAUUAUCGGCGGGAAAGAUCUGCAAUUUGAAAAGAAGAGAAUGGAUCAAUGUAAUAUCGUCAUUUGUACACCUGGACGGUUACUUCAACAUAUGGAUGAAAAUCCUUUAUUCGACUGUGUAAAUUUGCAGGUAUUAGUCCUAGAUGAAGCUGAUCGAUGUUUAGAUAUGGGGUUUGAGAAAACUAUCAACUCAAUAAUCGAAAAUUUACCUCCGAAACGACAAACUCUUUUAUUUUCUGCGACUCAGACUAGAUCGGUACGAGAUUUGGCAAGGUUAAGCUUAAAGGAUCCAUUGUAUAUAUCGGUUCAUGAACACGCAACGCAUACUACUCCAGAAGGUCUCCAACAAAGCUACGUUAUUUGUGAAUUAGAAGAUAAAAUUUCAAUGCUUUGGUCAUUUAUUCGGAAUCAUUUGAGGCAGAAAGUUAUUGUUUUCUUUUCUAGCUGUAAGCAGGUAAAAUUCAUCUUUGAAGCGUUCUGUCGUCUCAAGCCUGGCGUAAGUCUCUUGGCGUUAUAUGGCACGCUACAUCAACUCAAAAGGAUGAAUAUCUAUGAAAACUUUUGUAAAAAACAGCAUGCGGUAUUAUUUGCAACAGAUAUUGCUGCACGUGGACUGGACUUCCCAGAAGUGAACUGGGUCGUGCAAAUGGAUUGUCCGGAAGAUACAAAUGCUUACAUUCAUCGAGCAGGCAGGACAGCGAGACUCGACAAAGGAGGAGAGUCCUUGUUGGUACUUUUACCAAGCGAAUUAAAUAUCGUCACAAAACUGGAAGAGCGCAAGGUUCCACUUUCCAUGAUAAAAAUUAAUCCAAACAAAUUACAAUCACCACAGAGGAAAUUGGAAGCUCUUCUGGCAAGAGAUGUAACUUUGAAAGAAUCUGCUCAACGGGCAUUUGUAGCAUACGUGAAAUCAGUUUUCCUGAUGAAGGAUAAAAGUAUCUUCGAUGUGCAUGCAUUAAACACUGAUGCUUUCUCCAGAUCAUUAGGCUUGGCUAUUCCACCAAGGAUACGGUUUCUUCAGAAGAUACAAAAAGCAGAAUCAAUGAAUCAAAAGUCCAAGAAUAAAGAUGAUAAAAAAUCCAGUAAAGCUAAUAAAAGUGAAAAACAGUCCGUUGAUCAAGAAGACAUUCUCACCGCCAAAAUGUUGCAAUGUCAAAACAGUGAUGAGCAUUCGGACAGUGAUGUUGACAGUUCGAGUGAUGUUUCACAAAAGGAACGGAAUAGCUUAAAAGCACAACAGUUGACUGGAGCAUUAUUUGCUAAUGGUAAAGUGAAUAAUCAAAUUAAUAUUAUUAACAUUUAUAAUAGCCAGAUUCCCUGUUAUAAAUUCAUGUUGCAUGUUUAUUUAGAUGAAAGUGAUGAAGAUGAUAUUUUGACGGUCAAAAGAACAAACAUUCAAUUGGAUGAUGCACCUUCCGAUGACAAUUUGGAGGAGGAAAGUGUAAACGACUCGAUCAAGACAAAGAAAAAUAAAAUUAUUACAAAGGCAGCUGUAGCAAAAAAGAUUCUGCGAAAGAAGAUUGUUCCAAACAAGAAAACUACUUUUGAUGAAGAAGGCCAGGAAGUUGUGGAUCCUACUAAAUCCAAAGUGUCCGAGCUAGCCAAGCAGUAUGAAAAUGAAGAGCAUUCUGGAAUUAACAUCGAAGUGGCGAAACAAAUAUUGCGCGAAGAAGAUCGCUUCGAUAAACAACGAUUCAGAGAAAAAAUAAAGGAGAAGCACAAAGAGGAGAAGCGGAAGCUGAAACUCAAUAAAAAGACUGCUGAGGAUGAGCAGAAACAAUUGGAGGAAGAUUUUGAACAAUCAGUUGCUGACAGCGAAGAUGAAAGUGACGGAGAGGGACCUGAUUUGUCAUGGCUUCCAGAUCCAGACAAAAUAUAUGGAAAAAUUGAACACUCCGAUCAGGAGAGAUCCAGUGACAGCUCCGAAGAACAAGUUCACAGGCCUCCGAAAAGGAAAUUGAUAGAGCAAGAUUCUUCUAAAAAGAUCAAAAAGAAAUUAUUAAAGAGUAAUAUCGAUUUACAAGCAGAGGAAGAACUGGCGUUAGAACUGUUACGAAGUUAAUAUAUUGUAAAUAUUUGACUUUUAGUAUAAAUAAGUAC